CCUGGGGUCCGGAAGCUCCGGGGACUCGGCAGCCCGGCCUGUGUGAGGUCUCCCAUCACCAGCAGAAGAUGGGCACCGGGAGACGAGCCUCGUGGGUGCUGGCCGGAGGCGCCCUGGCCGCCGCCCUGGCGCUGGGCGUCCAAGGCCGGCUUCCCGCGGAGGCUGGUCCCCACCCGCAUCCCCUAGGCGCGCACCGGUCUGGCGACCUCCUGGCAGCUCCCUGGGCUGCACAGGGCCCAGGGUCGCCUUCUGGACCUGGCAGGGUGGGACCCGAGUGGAGCUCACAGAACAGAGCUGGCUCAAGAGAAAUUCAAGGUUCCUCUGAGAACGGAGUGAUCUUCCAGAAAUGCGCACUGGUAUCCGGGCAGAGUGAACCACAGACCAUACAUGUGCAACUGUGGGUGAACAACACCAGUACAGCUGUGUCAGCCAACCUCUCAGACCUGCUCCUGGUGGAUGAAGUCACGGGGCUCACUGUGAGGGAGUCGGCUGGAAAUAAGACCCUGGAUGGACUCCAGACUUUCAGAAAGAAGUUUCUGCCAGUGGGAGAGUACUACUCCAUCAGCUACUCAGCCUCGCUGGACCCCACAGCCCUUGGGACUGGAGACAGCCUGAGCCUCUCAGCAUGGCUCACCUUCCAGAGCCCCUCACAGAACAGAACUCAGCUAGAAGCCCCCUUUACCAUCACAGUAGAAGAAAAGAUAAAGGCUCUUCCCAACCACGGGCUCCAUAUGGUAUGCUUCAUCGCUGCCUUCCUCGUCUCCCUGGUGCUGAGCUGGGUGACCCUAUUCUUCCUGGCACAGAGUUGGUGUCUGCAGGGAAGUGCCUGCAGGGAUGUGCUGGCCACAUGCCGGGUUCAGCCCUGGGAGAGCAAGGUGGAGCCCUCAACCUUCACCCCAGGCUACGGUUUCAGUGAAGAGUUUUCCCUCAGCGACCAAGUGGUUGGCAUUCUGACAUCUGAGGACCUUGGGAGCAUGCUGCAAGCCUUAGAGGAGUUGGAGAUUACAACCCUGAACCGGGCAGAUACAGACCUGGAGGCUUGUCGAAACCAAAUUAGUAAGGACAUCAUUGCCAUUCUGAUAAAGAAUCUGAGCAGUGGUGGCCACCUCUCCCCACAAGCAGAGAGGAGGAUGAGUGCUACCUUCAAGAAGCAGUUUCUGCUGCUAGAAAAGGAAAUACAAGAGGAGUGUGAUCGGAAGAUGCUGGCAUUGACAGCUGAGUGUGACCUGGAAGUAAGGAAGAAGACGGAAGACCAGUACCAGAGGGAGAUGGCGGCGAUGGAGGAGGCAGAGGAGCUGCUGAAGCACGCUAGUGAGAGGUCUGCCGCAGAGUGCAGCAGCCUUCUGAGGACACUCCACAGCCUGGAGCAGAAGGACUUGCAGAGGUCCCUCGCCCUGCACCAAGAGGAGGACUUUGCCCGGGCUCACAGGCAGCUGGCAGUUUUCCAGAGAAAUGAAUUGCAGAGCAUCUUUUUUACCCAGAUACAGAGUGCUGUUGUCAAAGGGGACCUGAAGCUGGAGGCGGCUAAAAUGCUGCUGCAGGAAUAUUCUAAAGCACAGGAGAAUGUUGAAGAGCUGAUGGACUUCUUCCAGGCCACCAAGCGAUACUAUCUCAGCAAGAGGUUCGGCCACAGGGAGUACCUGGUUCAGACCCUGCAGGCCACAGAGACCCGCGUGCAAGGGCUGCUGAGUACUGCAGCUGCUCAGCUGACAAGCCUCAUCCAAAAACACGAGAGGGCAGGAUACUUGGACGAAGAUCAGAUGGAAAUGCUAUUGGAGCGUGUGCAGACAGAGGUCUUUUCUGUAAAACAGAAGUUGGACAACGACUUAAAGCAGGAAAAGAAAAGGCUCCAUCAAAAAUUAAUAGCUAAGAGGAGACAAGAGCUGCUGCAGAAGCACAAGGAGCAGCAGAAGGAGCAGCUGUCCCUUGGUGAGGCCUCCCGUUCGGCCGAGGACGUAGGCCAGUACCUGCAGCAGUGGAGGAGUGUGGUGACCGAGCACAGCGCAGCCCUGGAGGAGCUGCAGGAGCGCCUGGACCAGGCUGCUCUGGAAGACCUCCAGGCCCUGACGAUCUCACUGUCCGGGAGGGCCACGGACGAGCUGAGGCGCCUGCAGAGCUUGACCCUGACGCAGGUGGAGCGGGAGCGGGACCAGGAGCGCGUGCAGGGCGUGAGGCAGAGGCUGCAGCAGGAUGCACCGGAGGCCCACACUGAGGAACAGACUGAGCUGAGGCUCUGGGAGCACUCGGUGUUCAUGUGAGUGACCAUGGGAGGUCGCCCUUGCUACUCUUGCCCAUCCCACUGAGAAGGGU